AUGGAGGUGAGGUGGCUCCGAUCCCAGGACUCCUCAGUCGUGCACCUGUACCGCGAUGGACAGGAUCAGUAUGCGGAGCAGAUGCCAGAAUAUCAAGGGAGAACAGAGCUUUUGAAAGACGAGAUCACUGUUGGGAGAGUUUCUCUGAGAAUACGCGACAUCCAACCCCCUGACCAUGGGCAGUACACAUGUCUUGUUCAGUCCAGUGUCUCUUAUGCAGAAGCUUUACUGGAACUCCAGGUGGCAGGUUUGGGCUCUGUUCCUGCCAUCUCUGUGGAGGGACAUCAGGAUGGAGGGAUCCAGGUGCUGUGUCGAUCAGCCGGGUGGCACCUGCAGCCUGAGGCUGAGUGGAGAGAUCAUCAGGGGAAGCUUUUACCAUCGGCCUCUGAAAAGAUGUCCCAGGAGGCUGGGGGCCUGUUUCAGACAGAGAUUGCCAUCGUUCUAACAGAAGAGUCCAGCCAGAAAGUGUCCUGCCUCAUCAGGAACCCCCGACUCGACCAGGAGAAAGAGUCAACGAUUUCCAUAGCAGAGCUGUUUUUCCCAAAGGACAAUCCCUGGAUGGUGCCCAUGGGGGUGAUCCCAACUCUCCUGGUUGGUUUCAUUGCCCUCUUCAGUUAUGGCAUCUGGAGGCAAAACCGAGCAAAAGAGACCCUGCGAUCUGCCCGGGUCAGCGAGAAAGAGACCCUGCUGUCUGACCGGGACAGAGAGAAAGAGGCCCUGCAGGCAGCGAUGGAGAGGCAGACAGCGGAAUACGAGGCAGCGAAAGAGCUGGGACUCACCAGAGCCCAAGGAUACGCAG